AUGGCAAAUGAUGACGCUAAAGCUGAGAGUGGAACUAUUUUACAAGAGUGCGAAUACACAAAUGGACUAAAUUACGAGGAGAUUGAUGAUAAAGGAGCAAACAAUAUAGAAGAAGAACCAGAUAUACCAGAAGAAGAACUAGAUAUACCAGAAGUACAACCAGAUGUACAUAAUAUAAUCGAUGACUCUCAAAGUGAUAAUGCAUAUCUUGAUAAAUCUAAAGAACUGCAAUUCGUAGACAAUUAUGGAUGGAGCACGUUGUUUAGAAAUCAAUACACCAAAAGAAGUNNNNCAACCAUUGAAGAAAUUUCAGAAAUUUUGAUGAAUGGCUACCCAAAAAAUCCAGAAGUACAGAAGAAUUACGUAGCAAAAAUAAAGGAAGUAUUGUCGAUUAAUGAUGAUAAACUCGCAAGUCAUUUAGCGAGCAAUAUUAAAUAUAAGGAGGACUUAAAUAGUUUCGUGAAUGAAACGUAUGAAACUGAGAUCGAGGAGCCGGAUCCAUUUAAAGUAACCUCAAUGUACUGCGGGUGUUGCCGCAAUGAAAAUUUGAAGAUUGAUGAGAUGAUCGAUUGCCCGAACGGUUGCUAUUUUUGUAAGAAUUGCGUCGUCAAUAAUAUGCAAUCGAAAUAUGCCGAAGGUUACGUAGACAUGAGGUGCUUGAGGAAUUGCGGAGCAAAGUACACAAUCGGUCAAUUGCAGGAUUUCAUGAAUCCAACUUUGUUCGAGAGGAUAUUAAGAUUGUUGCAGCAUUGCGAAAUCGAAGAAGCGAAGAUUAAUGAUCUGCACAGAUGUCCGUUCUGCGAUUACGCGGCCGUAGUGGAAGAAGCCAUCUUCAAUUGCACUGAGUGCGGAAAGGAUUCGUGUAUAUUAUGCAAAAAGGAAUCUCAUCCUUCGUUGCUCUGCAGCCAAGUGGAGGACGACGAUGACGUCCGUAAGCGUACAUUCAUUGAAAAUGAAUUGUCCGAGGCUUUGUUCAGAACCUGUCCAAACUGCAAUCUUAAAAUUAUUAAGGAAGACGNNNNAAGAGAAAUGCACGCAGCGAAUGUUCGUCAAAGAGCGAGGGAUGUAAUGAAUGAAGUCGGCGGUAAUUUAAAAAUUGAUCCAACUACCGACAUUGAAAAAUUCUUUUGA